AAAAGCUCAACAAAAAUCUGUGACAAAAUUUCUUGAGUUCCAGUUAGCAGAAAAUGUCUUCAAUUGUUCCAUUUUCCACCAUUAACAAUCUUCAAACUAAUUCAGUUCACAGCGGCGUCAUCAUUCGACAAACAAAUACCCGGAAAUUCCACACUGUUCAGUGUACAGGAAAGAACACUAGAAGCACCAGUUCUUCAACGAGCAGUCCAAAUGAUUCAGAUAAGAAUGUGUUUCUCAAACUAGCUUGGUAUGGAUCAGAACUACUCGGAAUCGCUGCUUCCUUUCUCCGACAACCUCCUUCUAGUGAAGUUCAGAAAAAUGAGGUUGAGUUAAUUGGAAAUGAUGAGUCCGGUGGUGUAAUUGAGCGUGACCAGGUUGUCAAAACCAUCAAACAAGAUUUUGAACGAUCUUAUUUCGUCACUGGGAAUUUGACACUUGAUGCCUAUGAAGAGGAGUGCGAAUUUGCUGACCCAGCUAGUUCAUUCAAAGGGCUUCGACGUUUCAAAAGGAAUUGUUCGAAUUUCGGGUCCUUAGUUGAAAAUUCUAAGAUGAAACUCAUGAAGUGGGAAGAUUUUGAUGUUAAGGGUAUUGGGCAUUGGCGUUUUAGCUGUACCUUAUUGUUUCCUUGGAGACCCAUUCUUUCUGCUACUGGAUAUACCGAGUACUAUUUUGAUCCACAGUCUGGAAGGGUUUGCAGGCAUAUUGAGCAUUGGAAUGUUCCAAAAAGUGCACUUUUCAAGCAGAUGCUGCGGCCUGGUCGGCGAAAGAGUAAAAAAACAAGUGCUUGAACAUUGAACAAUACCAAGUUGUGCAAUAUAGUCAUUCAUCCUCAGCACUCAAUUACUAUAAGGCCUAUGCAGGAUCAAUAAUUUGGCUGCAAGUACAUGGAGAAAUCAGAUGUUCAUGUUAACUAAGAAGCUGUACGCAUUGCAAUUCACGCAUACAAUAAGCCGUGCAUCGAGGCAGCUACUGCAUAUGGUGCAGCAGGAUAUGGUAAUAGAACUAUGAAUAUUGGAUUAUUGAUCUGCUUCUGUUUGUAAGAAAUUAGAAGAUGCUGAAGCUAAUGAAACCAAGAAAAGUAUCAAUGAGGCAAUAUCACAAGCCAAUUCAAUUUCUUGGAAACAAAAAAAUACCAAUCCAAAUAUGUUUAUGUUUUCUCACUAUUAACAAUCAAAAAUCUAUGAAACACAACUUUAAG